AUGAACCAAGGCCCAAUGAAACGAGGCCCCGCCCCUUUUGUCUCGGUGAAAAGGAGCUUCCUACGAACUAUUGGCAUAUUGGAGCCUACUAAAGUGGAUUUCAUUUCUGAAUUGCCUCUGGAAUUAUCGCAGAUAAUUCUUCGCAAUUUGGAUGAGGAGUCUUUGCUGUGCGUUGCUCGAGUAUCGCGAAAAUGGUUGCAAAUCUGCAAAUUCGAUAAAAUUUUAAAACAAACUGCAAGGCUCCAUAAACGACAAAUCAGAAGGAAAAUGAGGGAACAAAUUUUGGGACGAGAUUCACCGUCAAGGAUUGAAUCGUUAAGAAGAAUACAAGAAUUGAGAAGAGAUAGAAAUAGAGUAGCAAGUAUAAGGUUAGAAACGGCGGUAGUCUUUGGUAAUAGAACUAGGAUCCUACCACCAAGAAAUAUAAAAGUAAGUAAUUGCUCAACUAGAAAAUCUCGUAAUAAAUGUAUUAGAAUAUGA